AUGCUUUCGCAAAUGCCAGAUAUGGAACCACCAACCCAUGUUGUGGGCUCUCAGGGCCGCAGAGGUAUCUUGCCGAGUGCUCCAGGACGUCCGGCAGUGUCGCAGACAGGAACUGGGACUGGCAAGAAUGCUUUGAUACCUGCCAAAGAUGCCGAUGGAAAAUUUCCUUGUCCUCACUGCACCAAGACUUAUUUACAUGCAAAGCAUUUGAAGCGCCACCUUCUUCGACACACUGGAGAUCGACCGUACAUGUGUGUACUUUGCCGUGACACUUUCUCCAGGAGCGACAUCUUGAAGCGCCAUUUCCAAAAAUGCUCCAUUCGUCGUGGCAACCCAACUGGUGCUAGCCAUCUGUCUCACGCUCAAGCUCAUUUGAAGAAAUCGCACCCUGGUCCUCACAAAAGCUCCAACUCCAUGUCAAAUGAGAACGAUCUCAUGGGUGUGAACGGAAUGUCAAAUGUUUUUGGAGUUGUUCCCAAUGGAGAGCUUCCAGAUGCUGCUUCUGGCUUGACCGACCAACAAGCUCAGGACGCACUCUCUCGAUCUAACAGCUUGAAACGCCUCAGCGCAGGAGAUGGAAGAGAUGGGAGAGGCAUGGCUGGGCUUGGCUCAGGAACCUCGAACCGUGCUAGUUUUGAUCAGAGCUAUGGUGGAGCAUUAGGAGGGAGUCCCAUGCCCGGCACUGGUAUGAAUCCUUCACUCGCGUUCAAUCUACCCCACGGACAGAAUGGUCACUCAUAUGGUCAGGGUCAGGGCUAUGAAUACGUCUCUCACGGCAACAGCUCGAGUGUCCAGUCACACUCCGCCUCUGGACAGGACUCUUGGUCUCAAAUGUUUCAACCCAGCGGUCCAGAUGGCUUCAUGAGCGCAUAUAAUCCAAGCAUCACCAAUUCUCACGUAUCCAUCAAAACCGAGCCCUCCAUCACCAACUCCGCCCACGUCAUCUUCUCUGGCAUUUAUCCUGGCAUCGCUACCUCGUCAAGCAUUCCUUCCUGGAACCUUCAGAAUGACCCACUGGAAGAAAUCUCCAGCAGACUUAUUUACUUCUGCUUUCCAAGCGAGCAAAUUAUUGGUCGCAGCAACGACAUUCGAACCUAUUUGUCGGCAGACAACAUCAAGCACUUUUUAGAACACUUCACCAGUUUUCAAGGUCACUUCCCCAUUCUCCAUAUACCUACCUUUAGGAUUGCCGAAGCUUUCGACGGUCUGCUUCUCGCUAUGAUUUGCAUUGGUGCAGUGUAUUCUUCGCGCAUGGCAUCAACACAAGUACGCGAGAUGAUGGAACUCGCCAAGUCUGUCAUAGAGCGCAAUUCGCCAAUUUAUUCCAUAGUAUCACGAGAGCAAACCAGGGACAGUGGCUUUGGUGACGAAACCAUUGGUUCAAGUACGAUUGGCUCAAGCAAGUCAGACCUAGAGCAGAUAACCGCUAUAUUCAUGAUGCAAGUAUUGUUUACGUGGCAUGGUACUCCCCUUCAACGUGAGAAGGCGCGCCGCGAAUUUCCUUUGGUUGCUGAGAUUGCGAGAAGGGCUGGCCUGACGAAACCGAUGACAAGUUCGCCAUUCAGCGUCUUGCACCAGCCGAAUGCUACGGUCGAGAACUUCAACGCCGCAAGCUUUGAUUGGAAUGCUUGGGUUGAGCAAGAGAAGCGUUCGAGACUUAUGCUUUCUAUAUUUCUUGAGGACAUUGCAUUAUCAUUGUACUUCAACAUGACGCCACAAUUUGAAAAGGACGAAAUUCGACUUCCACUACCUGCGGAUGAUGCUGCUUGGGAUGCCGCAACCUCUGCUGAAUGUGCUGAGGCGCUUGGUCUCCAUGGUCCGGUCGUAGCUCGCUCGAGGAACCCUGAAGGCAGUCGCCGCCCGAAGCAACCCGAAAUGCACUCUGCUUUGAAUGCCUUGAUGCACAAUGUUUGGGACCUUCAACCGGGAACAACCAAUCUUUAUUCGAAGUUUAUCUUGGUACAUGCGUUGCAUAUUGAGCUGUGGACAGCUCUACGCCAGAUGAGUCUCCAGGAAUCUGAUCAGCUUAAUCCCCAGAACCUGUCAUUCCCUUCUAGUGGUACAAGCACCCCGAUCAACCAACACGACUGGGUACAACGCGUAGACCCUACCAGCAGCGGUCUCCAUAGUGCAAGCACCAGUGGGAGAGCGACACCUGUCAUUGAAGCAUCCAGCCAAUCAUCGCUUUUGAGAAGUAUCAACAGUGCAUUUGAUAAGUGGAAGAAAGCUUGGGAUGAGGAUAUGGCAGCUCAGUAUCCGCCAUCAUCCAUGCGCUAUCAUCGUUUCGGCUUCUGUCGGGAUGCUGUGCAUUUCUAUUGGCUUGCAAAAUACCUUAUGAAGAACAAUCACUCGAUGGACUGGAAAAUCGCUCCAGACCAGCGGUUUGCACAGGUCAUUAAUCUCUUGAAGUCGGUCAAAUCCUGGGUUGUUUCAGAUAGCGCGAAGCGGGGCGAGGAGCUCGGCAGUGUCAGUGACAUUGGCAGUGACUACGGUGCGACGGACUUGACUUUAGACAUGGCGCAGCUUUUCAGACCGAUCAACAAGCAAAUCGAUUCUCCGGUUCCGGGCGUUCAUACAAGCAUCGGGGCGGCUUAG